GGCGGCGCCAUGGUGACGGAGCAGGAGGUGGAGGCGAUCGGGCGGGCGCUGGUGGACCCGGCGCAGCCCCUGCACGCCCGCUUCCGGGCGCUCUUCACGCUGCGCGGCCUCGGCGGCCCGAGCGCCAUCGCCUGGAUCAGCCGGGCCUUCGACGACGACUCGGCACUACUGAAGCACGAGCUGGCCUACUGCCUGGGCCAGAUGCAGGACGCGCGGGCCAUCCCCGUGCUGGUGGGCGUGCUGCGGGACCCCCGCCAGGAGCCCAUGGUGCGCCACGAGGCGGGGGAGGCCCUGGGGGCCAUCGGGGACCCGGCAGUCCUGGAGAUCCUGCAGCAGUACGCCAGCGACCCUGUCGUCGAGGUGGCUGAGACGUGCCAGCUGGCCGUGCGGCGUCUGGAGUGGCUGCAGCAGCGCGGCGGGGAGCCGGCGCCCGUGGGGCCCUACCUCUCGGUGGACCCGGCCCCACCGGCCGAGGAGCAGGACGUGGGGCGCCUGCGGGAGGUGCUGCUCGACGAGGCCCGGCCGCUCUUCGACCGCUACAGAGCCAUGUUCGCCCUGCGCAACGCCGGCGGCGAGGAGGCCGCCCUGGCGCUGGCCGAGGGCCUGCGCUGCGGCAGCGCCCUCUUCCGCCACGAGGUGGGCUACGUGCUGGGGCAGCUGCGCCCUCCUGACGCCAAAGGUGUGGGUUUCCACACCAGGCAGUUCUGUCUGCGGAUGCCAGCAGGGCGUCCAACAGUCCAGUCUAGUCCCGACACGAACCACCGGGGUCAGCGAGACCCCACGGUCCAGGGCUCAGGGCAUCGCCUGAUCCCCAGACCCCUGGGCGGUCGGGGUGAGGACGAGAGCUCCGUCCCUCCAGCCCUGCCCCGUCCUGAAGCUGUGCAGCCCCCAGCCCCAACUGUGCCUGCCCGAGGCAACCUCCUAGUGUCCCAACCUGCUGGUCACAUCUCCGUCUCCGUGCUCUGUGUGUCCCCGCGUGGCCCCGGACCCCGUCGCUGGGCUUCCCUCUCACCUCCCCAGCGCCACCUCCCUCCACCAGCCCCCCUCCUCACCAGCAGCCUCGUCCACUGUCGGGGCUGGAACCCCGUCUACACCCGGUGA